CGUCCGAGAGGAUUACACCACAAAUAAAAAAUAGACGGGACCCAAAACUCAGCACACGACAAAUUACUAUUCACAUUGUAUCCACACAGCCGCUACGAAGGCCCCCCCCCCCUUGUCUGCGUUGAUAAGGAGCUUUCGGGAGAAAACAUCUGCCAGGAUUUGCCGAGGAAAAAAAAAAUCACUGGACUAAAACCAGCAAAGAUUGUUUGGAUUUACCAUUCGCUCGAUAAGGAAAAAAAACACCGGCGAAAGGACAGGCAAUGCACAGAAGAUGAGACGAGAAAGAAAAAAAGUAUAUUUUGCAUGAAGUUGGAAUACAACUCCUCGGGACGGAUAUUUAGAUGUUGCUCUUAAAAUUGAUUCGGGGUUAGUAGACAAUCGGUAUCAAAACGGUAAUAGUUAUUGCUUGUAAAAUAUAAAAAGACGAUUUCGAUCACCAACAGUACAAUCUUAGUUAGCUCUACUAUUAUUUAUUGGAGUGUGACCAACGCUUGGUGCUGAUGCCAACGGCAGAUUGCAGGUUGCUCCAUCAUGGUCGGAUCAUGAAGUGUUUGACUUUCUUACUUUUACUUCCAGAAACACUGAAAAAGUCUAAAAAGACUGGUAAACACUCGGGAAGACUCCCAGUAUGUUAUGAGAUUCUAACCCUGUCCUUGACGAAGAAGAAGAUGGCUUCAGAAUUGUACCCAGCGACCGCAAACACCAACCUACCCAACAACGGAACCACAGUGACGGUUACUGACAAGAAAAACGAUGUGCAGGUCACCCAGUCGGCAACCACAACAGCGACAACCCCUACCACCCAACAGAACAUAAACAACAACAACAUCGAUCCCACGAGCUGGCAGUCCAGCCAUCCCACGUUACGAGAGAGGAAUGCCUUGAUGUUUAACAAUGAGCUCAUGGCUGAUGUUCAUUUCAUUGUUGGUCCCCUGGGAGAAUCAGAGAGGCUGCCAGCACACAAGUAUGUUCUGGCAGUGGGCAGCUCAGUCUUCUGCGCCAUGUUCUACGGAGAUCUCGCCGAGGGAGAGUCCGAAAUCCACAUCCCAGAUGUGGAACCCGCUGCUUUUCUAAUUCUGCUGAAGUACAUGUACAGUGACGAGAUUGACUUAGAGGCUGACACCGUGCUGGCCACCCUGUAUGCUGCCAAGAAGUACAUCGUCCCGGCCCUGGCCAAGGCCUGCGUCACCUUCCUGGAGACCAGCCUGGAGGCCAGGAACGCCUGCGUGCUGCUGUCCCAGAGCCGGCUGUUUGAGGAACCGGAUCUGACACAGCGCUGCUGGGAGGUGAUCGACGCCCAGGCGGAGCUGGCCCUGGGCUCGGAGGGUUUCUGCGAGAUCGACCUGCAGACCCUGGAGAUCAUCCUCCAGAGAGAGACCCUGAACACCAAGGAGGUGGUGGUGUUCGAGGCCGUGAAGAACUGGGCCUCGUCCGAGUGCAAGAGGCAGGGGCUGGGGGCGACCUCCAGCAACAAGAGGGCCGUUUUGGGAAAGGCGCUGUACCUGGUGCGCAUCCCCACCAUGACGCUGGAGGAGUUUGCGGACGGGGCGGCGCAGUCCGACAUCCUGACCCUGGAGGAAACGCACGACGUGUUUCUGUGGUACACGGCCGCCAACAAGCCCAAGCUGGACUUCCCCCUGCCUCAGAGGAAGGGCCUGGUACCCCAAAAGUGCCACCGCUUCCAGUCCUCGGCCUACCGCAGCAACCAGUGGCGCUACAGAGGCCGCUGCGACAGCAUCCAGUUUGCGGUGGACAAGCGGAUCUUUAUCGCCGGACUCGGGCUGUAUGGCUCCAGUGGAGGCAAGGCAGAGUACAACGUGAAGAUUGAACUGAAGAGGCAGGGGGUGACCCUGGCGCAGAACAUGACCCGGUUUGUGUCUGAUGGGUCGAGCAGCACGUUCCCCGUGUGGUUCGAACACCCGAUUCAGGUGGAGCAAGACGCCUUCUACACAGUAAGUGCCAUCCUAGAUGGGAACGAACUCAGUUAUUUUGGGCAGGAAGGCAUGACGGAAGUGCAGUGCGGGAAAGUGACAUUUCAGUUCCAGUGCUCGUCGGACAGUACCAAUGGCACUGGGGUGCAGGGGGGGCAGAUCCCAGAACUGGUGUUCUAUGCAUGAGUUGGACUGGUCCAGACUCGAGGUGGUGGACAGCUGAGAAGAACUAUGGAUCUAAACCUCACAGACUUCUAAAUAACGUAGCAUCAAGACAGUAGAAUAUUUCACAAAAAAGGACUGAUAUUCUUCUAAGCCUGUUUUCAAGUGAAGGAACCUUAUUUUAUCUUAUUUAAUUUAAUGUAUUUUUAUUUUAAUUAUUGACGCUGCAAAAAGUUGUCCUUUGUGCGAAAUUAAGUGGACGGCCUCUGCGAUGUUGUGCUUUUUUUGUAAAUUUCUGUUGACUUGUUUACAGCUUGAAGCUGGUAAACUCAGAUGUUUAUGUACAAGGCAACCAACUUGAACAAAAUCAUAAAAGUUAUGUGGCCAA